GAUGGAGCAACCUUAGAAGGGGCUUCUUCCCCUUUAAUACUGCCUGUGUAUAGGUAAAUUAACCUCUCCAACGUCCUUACCUAACCCAACCUACCCGUUUACCUAAUUGGGAUUUUAGGUUUGUUCUUUUUUCUUUUUGAAGCAGCAUUGCAGGUAAAUUUGUACUUUUGUCAUACUCAGCUCUGCGUUCUGCGUUCUGCAAUCAAGCUCCAAGCUCCAAGCUUCACCUAUAAUAAGGUCAUCGCUCGAACUUUGCCGCCAUUUGCAACGCCAACCCUAAUUUUAAGAUGAUCAGUUUUAUAUAACUAGCCGCGCAUUUUUCACUCUCUUUUAUCCAUUAAAUUUACCUUGUCCAGGAUGGUUCCUCAGACAUCCGAAAAGACAACGUUUAGUCUCGCAGCAACUCAGCACCAGCACCAGCAUCAUGGUCACAUUCUUUUGAGACGCCCCAACGUCGCUACCGACAUCCGAUCACGAUCACGAUCACGGUUUAAAUUAAUUUCGGCCCUUUCUACCUUACUUUUGCUCGCUUGGUAUAUAAAACUCAACUUUGAGCAAUGUCCUUCCCUUCUAGAUCUCAAACAAGUCACACGGUCGGAACUUGAGCCUCAAGUCUCGCGUGUAAUUCCCGCCGAGGCACAGACUAAGGCGCCGCUGGAGUGUUUUGAAGUCGCUCAACCCGUGCUUACUCCUGGUGGCCCGUCGGGCAACGGGUUGACGCGUAUAGAUAAUGUCUCUCAGGAUAACUCUUGCUCGGUCUUAUUGAUGGAGCAUGUUUUUGCAUUUAGCUAUGGCACACCAUUUGUUGGAACUUAUACGCCGCCGAACUGCUCUUUUAACCGGGUUAUUAUGAACUUUACUGUUGUCUCGCAAGGCCGCCAGUUUGAUCGCUUAGCGUUGAUGUACUUUGGCGACACCGAAGUAUGGCGGACUUCGACUGCAGAACCAACACUACCUCCGGGCAUACGUUGGACAUUUUUGAAAGACAUGACCGAGUACCUUUACUUUUGGAAAUCCUCCCAGAAACUAAUAUUCGACCUGGGCAACUUGGUAGAUGACAAGUACACUGGGUCAUUUAAUGCUACACUAACUGCUACUUUCUUUGUAGCUGACCUCGAGACCGAUAAAGCACGUCCUGCAGACUUAGUUAUCCCCAUCUCUGCGAGGAAAGGCGGUUCUGAUGGAGCAAGUCAUUUCACGCUUCCGGCAGAUGAGGCAACAAAUACUAUCAGUUUCCCUCGGAACGUCAAUCGAGCUGUCUUCAGUGUCUCGGCAAAUGGACAGGCUUCGGAGGAGUUCUGGUGGGGAAAUGUCCCGCAGAGCCAUGUUCUCACAUUUACCCAAACUGUUGGACAACUUCCUGGACUUUCUCCCUUUCGCGAGGUCCAGUUGCUCAUCGAUGGCAAGCUCGCCGGGGCGCAAUGGCCGUUCCCGGUGAUAUUUACGGGCGGAGUGGUGCCUAGUCUGCAUCGGCCCAUCGUUGGCCUGCAGGCUUUUGAUCUAAGAGAGCACCAAAUCGAUAUAACUCCUUGGUUGCCUCUGCUAUGCGACGGCGUCGAUCACACGUUUUCUAUCAAGGUCGCCGGCGUAAAUAAUUCAGAAAAUAGUACCGAUCUUACACUUACAGAAAGAGUCAAUGACAGUUGGUACGUUACGGGUAAAAUAUUCCUAUGGUUGGAUGACGAGGGAUCAGUGACUACUGGUACUGGUCCUUCAGUGGAAAUCUCGGGACCGACCAUUUCGCUUUCAAGCCAAGUCGCGCAGAACGCGACAGGAUUUAACGAAACCCUCGCUUUUAACAUGACAGUUCAGAGAAGUAUUACUAUUAAAUCAGCUAUUAAGUCGAAAAAUCAAAAUGGGGAGAGUACUUGGUCUCAAAGCCUCUCCUACUCGAAUCGAGCUGUGAUGUCGAACUUUGGGACCACCCAAAGUAAUGAUUUUAGCAUUACUGGAACGGAUUCCACGACCGGGCCUGCUACCACUUAUAAAGCUAUUUAUAGUUAUCCGCUAUAUUGUAAUCAAACAUACUUAAGAUCACCCCAGGGUAAUCUAACGAUAGGUGCCCAUCUGAUAGAAGGGUUUGAACUUCAGGUCGAAGGGGAUUCCGUCUUCCCUACAGGCCUUGAGGCUUUUGAAGGCAGCAAUAGUGCUGGAAAGAGUCGGUAUUCCACUUCGCAUAUAAAAACCCAUCGCGACGGUAGCGCGUUCUUCUUCCAGACGGGAGAUGGCAGGAACAGUUCUGGUUACGGCUCGACCAACCAGGUUUUCUACUUCGGUGGCUCCAACCAAAACGCUACGCUGCAAGUUGCGGGUAGUGUUGACGAGCUAUACUUCAGAAAUGUAACAGUGGCGAAUGGAACAGUGGUGUUCGACACGGAGAGGUUGGCAGGAGAAAAGACUCGUGAUUUCAGUCGGGUAUCAGAGCUUCAUAAUUCGGCCGAGGCUUCUUUGACCUUGUUUGCUUAUGUCCCUGGUAAGAUACUAGGAUGGAGGACUUUCACGGAAAAAGAGACGGAUAGUCACAGAAUACUUAGCGGGCCUUCUAGACAAGUGAAGAUUGCUUGAAAGGUCCCUAAGCUUUACUACGAGAGAAGGUCUGUUAUAAGGUAACUAAUCAUAAUAAAUACUAGAGAAUAGUCUUAAUUACUAAUUAUAGGUAAAAAUGCGUAUGUUAAUGAUUAUACUUGGCUGUUAAGUUGUGGUCUAUGCCAUGAGCUAUGAUUGAUUCCUCCAUUCCCUUCCUGAUACUCGGUGUUCCCCGGAGUUUCUCAACAACCUUUAAUAUCUUAGUGUUUUCGAUAUCCCCUUAACUAUUAGAAUAAUUCCGAAUCAUUGAUCAU